AUGUUACGCGUACUCUAUAUUCAAGCCCUCCAUGCUGAAACAUUGGCAGCCAAAGAACACGAACUUUCACAAGCUGUGAAGGGCUACAGAUCUCAACUCGAUGAUGUCACCAUGCAACAAAUUUCGAACUUCGUUCCGACUGGAAACGAGCACCAACUUCCUGCGAGCAUGAAAUUUCGGGUUGCAUCACAUUGCUCUCAGCCUGAGGACGGCAAACCUAACUUGAACGCCCUGGAUGGCGAGGGGCUCACGCACGCAGUGGCGCCGACUCUUAUUGUUGUGGAGGUUUCAGAUAUUUGCUUGACUCGGCUGCCGAAAAUUGGAAUGGUUGCAUUCGAUGAUCGAUUUUUUGUCCAGUUGGUGGUCGAGGAUAUAGUGGAGACUCAGACGACCAGCUCACAAGCUCAGCAGGAUGGCUCGAUAUUCUGGGAUCAGAAACACACAUCUCGCAAUGGUACCUAUCGCAGUCCCCCCACCAAUACUCUCCACAACGUCAUCGCUCAAGCUGUCGCCCGGUAUCCGUCGCACGAGCUCGGAUUCAUAACCUCCUCUGCACAUGACUCCUCUAUUCAGACGAAGACCUUCACCGCGUUUAACCAAUAUGUUCGCAACCUUGCACGCGUCAUGCUAGAGUGGGGAAAACCCACAGGUUCAGUAGUCGUCGUGUACCUGACGGAGCACGAAGACAACAUGGCUGCUGUCUGGGCUUUCUCACGAGAAGGUGUUGCAUAG